GCACCGAUCAAAUCUAAAGCAUAGGUGUUUUUGACUACAUUGCACAACACCUUCAAUUUAAACAAGAGCAAGGCGCAGUCACAGAGAAUCUGGUUUUGGAAUUUUAUCUGUGAUGUACCGUUCCCGGAUGCCAUACACGAGAUGGCACGCCAAAGGUGAACUAUUAAAGGAACGGAUGAAGCAGUGCACGUUUUAUCGAUAUUACUGUCUUAAAAAGGACCUGUCGGGUUCGGAUGAUUCUGUACCAUCAGAAAGUGAAAAAUUACCUGCGCUUAUGACCAAGUCCACUGGGGAGGCGGCAGGAACGGAUACUCAAUGCUUAAAAGCAUCGAAACAGAAACAUGGAACGUUUGGAAAAGCUAUUCGAGAACAGCAAAAAGAAUGCGAAAAGAUGAGCAGGAUUUUAGGAUUUGGAACUCGAUGUGAAAGAUUCCCCGAACGGCAAAUGGGUGAUGCUCCUCCACCGGGAACUUACUCCUCAAAGCUUUCUGCUGUGGAUUUGUGCAAGAAAAGUGAUAAACGAAGUGAAGAACCAUUCACAAAAGCUUCUUCAACCAACCGAAGUUUAAUUUCCACGGGUAAUAUUUUAGGUCCCGGAGUGUAUGAUGCUCAAAAGGUUCUUAACAGAAGCACUGUAGUGCCGAGCUUCGGACGAUUCGACACCAGCAGCGAACUUCGUUGUGCCCAACCGAAGAUCGGGUAUUUGGCCAACAAGAUCCGGACUACAACAGGACCACGAUUCACUGAAUUUCCGACAGGUUUGGAACUCUUAGAAUCCAAAGAGAAUAGAUUCAAGGGAAAAUUUUCCAGCAUUCCUCGUUUUCCCAAACAAGUGCCGGUGAAUUCGGUAGCACCGAAUUCGUAUUCACCAAUCAACAUAAACUUCAGAAAAGAAAGCUUCAACGUGAAACGAGUGCCGUUUUUGAAGUCAGGAGGAAGGCUGACCAAAAAACAGUAUGACGCUUUCAUUGGUAACUUUACUCCUUUUACUGGACCAGGAAGGUACGACCAUCGGCCUAAGUGGUGUGAUACGAAGCUGUUGCAUCAGUUUGCAAGGGAACCAAUUGGCAGUUCUCUCGAUGAACAUAAAAGGAGGGCUGUUACUGAAAGAUUAAGACCGAAAAAUGUACUGCUAACAUUCGGAGGAGAUGGGCCAUCGAACGCAGCGAUACGACAAUGCCGCAUAAAGUUGCGAUGAAGUUUACAACCAACUUGGGGAAAACCGGGACCUUAAAAACACAACCCGCACGGCUUCGCAUCACCACCAGCUUCUUACGAACAUCGCAAAAUUGUAACAUUGGAAUGAGAAGCAAAGACAUUCCUUAGCAAGCCAUGGUCCAUACACGUUUGAUUUUGUAUUGCACACUGGCUUUCUUCGGCAGUGCUACGUUACACGACCUGACGCACACGUGCUCCUAUGUAGUAUACGUAAUGCAUGCAUGGCAGAAAUAAAAACAGCCUGUUCGCGCCAAGUUGUUUUAUGUGCAAUUUUGCACUUCUCCCACGAGAAGACAAGUCGCCUUGUCAAUCCAUGUUACCUGCUUAUUUCGGUAAAUGCC